AUGGAUACGGGACCCGAUCUUAUUGCUGGCGCGGCGGAGCUGCGUCGUAGACAGGUGUCCACAAAUGCAGAUAGUGAGACUGACGAUGAUGUUAGUGAUGCUGCUGCAGAGGCACCUAAGAGCAGGAAAACCUUUGGCCGUACCAAGGAUGGAGCACUCUUCACCGUUCCUGUCACGCAUGACAUGGUGUCGCAACUCCUAGAUCCCAGAGAGCCCAAGAACGCAUCGGAUGUAACUGUGCUCGCUGUUCUGGCCGCACAUAUCCUGGUAGCCUAUCUCUUGCCAGAUCCCAUUAGACGGCCCCUCUUUGCCGUCGUCUUCUUGUUCUGGCGUGCUUCGUACAACCUGGGAAUUGGCAUCCUCCUACACCUGCAGUCAAAUGAUAACAAGCUGGUCGCGUGGGCUAGGAAGUGGAGGCUCUUUGAGAACCCCUCUACCGGCCGGAACCCCAGGCCGUGGCUGUACAACUUUCUGAAGCACGAGUUGGAGGUUAAGGUCCCGGAAGAUUACAAGUUCGAAACGGCCCCCAUCGAGUACAACACAUGGCUUGUCUUUAGGCGACUAGUGGAUCUUAUUCUCAUGUGUGACUUCGUCUCCUACUGCUUGUUUGCAAUUAUCUGCGGGCACCGCCCCGAAGGAGAGUCAAUUCCUGCCACCAUCAGCCGAUGGCUCCUCGGUUGGGUCCUGAUAGGCUUCAAUCUCUGGGUCAAGCUCGACGCCCAUCGCGUCGUGAAGGACUAUGCCUGGUACUGGGGCGACUUCUUCUUCCUGGUUGACCAGGAGCUGACCUUUGACGGCGUCUUUGAGCUGGCACCGCAUCCUAUGUACUCGAUCGGCUACGCGGGCUACUACGGUAUCUCUAUGCUUGCUGCUAGCUACUCGGUCCUCUUCAUCUCCAUCGCAGCCCAUGCCGCCCAGUUUGCCUUCCUGGUCCUCAUAGAGAAUCCUCACAUCGAAAAGACGUACAACCCCCCUGCCCCCCGAAAGCGCCUGGAUACUUCUAGUUCGUCGGACACUUUCGUGCAACCCGAAUCAGCUGCGCCGGCGAGACCUAGUGAAGCGCCCUCCCGAAUCCACAACCUGCUGGGCUACAAGAACAUCGACCUUCUGCGGAACGUAGAUUUUUCGACCUUGUUGCUGGUGACCUACUUCGCGGCCUUGACCCUAUCGACUCCGCAGACCCCGUUAUACCAGACCCUCUUUGUGAUUCACGCUUUUCUCUGGCGACUCUGGUAUUCCGUCGGAUUGGGUGUCCUCCUCACGAAGCAAUCUGCCAACAAGAUGUGGACCCGCCACUUUUUGAAGUUUGGAGAGACAGUAGAUGAGGGCUGGCGUCAGUGGAAAGGGAUGUACCAUAUAUCUCUUACGUUAUGCCACUGUGCCUUCGUAGCGGCCUGCUGGAAGAUGUACUCCGCACCGGUCGACUGGAACUACGGGUCUGUGCUGCUGAGGCAUGUUAUCGGUGUUAGUCUCAUCGCCCUUCAGAUAUGGACGGCCGUGAGCAUCUACGAGUCGCUGGGCGAGUUCGGCUGGUUCUUUGGAGACUUCUUCUACGACCAAGGCGUCAAGCUCACCUACACGUCCAUCUACCGCUUCCUGAACAGCCCCGAGAGGGUAAUCGGCACGGCUGGUCUAUGGGGUGCCGCUAUCAUUACGUGGAGCCGGUCCGUAUUCGUCCUGGCGCUGGCCAGCCAUCUUCUCACCGUCGCAUUCCUCCAGUUUGUCGAGAAGCCGCACAUGCAAAAGAUCUAUGGCCGUAGCCUGAGGCGCGAAGCUGGCCUGACGAAAUUCAUCAAACGUUCCCUGCCCCCGCCCGUCGUGGAGUGGCAGUCGAGCGUGAACAAGGUCAUGGACGAGACGUCGCAUUUUGUCGAGGACUUCCUGGACACGGCUCGCCCCAAGUUGGCUGCGGGCGUUUCGACCAUCGUUAGGGACACCACCGCGCUCUUCAAUAAAUAUCCUGCUCGCCUGACAUUGACUAAGCUCUCGCCUGAUCUCGCCGGAUGCGACCCGAAGUACUAUUCCAUCGCCGUGCAGGGAGAGGUGUCCGGAAUUUCUGCGCUGUCAGAACGUGCUAGUGGCAAGGAAGGUACCGCGGGACGAUUCCCGAACCAGCUCAAGACGAUGAUCUUCGAGUACGGCGCGCCCAUCAAGGUCAAAUGGAGGGCGCCGGCAAGCCACGGUCGGAAAGAUUGGAUCGGCUUGUAUAUGGUCGCCGACAACCGCUCCCGCGAGACUACCGAACUGUCGUCCCUCGGGCGGUGGAUCCCGAUCGUGCCCGGCCAGUUUGGAUCUACAACGGCCGACAAGGGGAUCCUGGUGUGGGACCAGCCGGUCCGGGAUUCGGAUAGCGCCGAGGUCGAUCUGGUGAGCGGCGAGAUGGUGUUCUCGGGCGACAAGCUGUGGUGGACACAGGGUGUGUUCGAAUUCCGGUACCACCACGACGGCAACCACAACGUCAUGUCCAUCUCGCAGCCCUUCGAGAUCCACAUCGGACGGUUCGACUACAGCGACGUCGAGGCCGACAACGAGGGCGCGCUCCAGCAGUCGAUCGAGUCGGCUCUCCUGCCGGUGGUGCGGAACUGCCUGGACCGGGACCCGGACAUCGCGCCGGCGGCGGCGGCGGACACCUUCGGCGGCCACGUGGAGAGAGACGGCAAGUACGCCAAGAGGCUGGUCUACGCGAUGCACCAGAUGUUCGGCAUCGAGUUCGCGCCGGCCGUGGUCCCCGCCGACGGCUGCGCGAGGAACCUGGCCUGGAGAAUCUGCAACGCAAAGCAGGUCUUGGCCCCCUACAGCAUGUCGUACUCGAGAGGGACCGCGACGCCGGUGGACAAAUAG